CGAAGGCUAGCAAACAGCAAGCCGCGACAUGGACAUAUGAGCUCAAGAUAGACCCAAAAACCAAUAUGCGAAAGUCUGAAGUUCUAACGCCGAGUGGACCCAACUCCCGAGACAUCAUGACAACAUAUGUACAUGCGCUGAAUUACGACUCCUUGAGAUUUAUUGGGGCCGACCGACGCGCUUACAUGUGGGUCACGAGCAGCAGAGUUUCCUCCAUCGAUGGCGCAAGGUACGAUACCCUCAGACAUGCGCUAUUCGUCGCUGCAGGAUACAACCCGAAUCCGCUCUAUGGCCACAUCGUUGCAGACCACUGUUUUUGGGACGGCGGAGUCGAUAAUACUGCAGAAAACCUGCCUGAUGAAGCAAUUUACAUACGAUCUCCUGAAGUAGACAAGGCACUCGUUGUAGCCACGCUUCAGGUCUUGAAGGACUGGGAGAAACAUACGCUGAGGGAUGAGAAAAAGAAGAAACCGGAAGCUUUUGCUGCAGCAGAAGAGGAAGCCAGAAAACAUACACUCGGAGCAGCGAGUCAUUGGAAAGCUUAGCGUAGAGUGCGAAUCAUUUUUCCGUUUUCAAGGGCACAUUGUCAUGGCGUUUCCGAAGGCAUACUCUCGGGUAGUGUUUCUGUCUUGGUGUUACAACGUGAAUCCAACUUGAUGAUUGCGCACCUCAAU